AAGAAAGAAGGAAAAAAACACCGUUCUUGGCAGCUUUCCCACGAAAACAUUUAACCUUUCGAACAUGUAUAGUGGUCAACACCUGUAAUGCUUACAUACCAGACCAAACCUUACACGGCUGAAUCAUUUUCCAGCUGCUUUUGGUGGAUCUGGUCAGAAUCCAAGACCCUUUUUUGAAGCUUCCCUACAAGGAGCUCUCGCCGCUCUUUCCUCUCUCCUUGUUAACUUUCAAGCUGUAAUUCAUUGGGGCCAUCGCUUUGAGUUAUUUGAUUGGAGUUUUGGAACUCGUAUUUGAGUUGCUUUUACUGUUCUCAUUAUCUGAUCGUCUUUUUCAUGUAUUGGCACUUUGAAGCAAGAAAAGUUUCAUCCUUCUAGUUCAUUCACUCUUUCCUAUCCCAAAGAUUGAGACUUUAUUACAAGCAAUCUAGUGGGUCGGUCUGAAUUGGGUUAUAUCGAAUCCCGGAAUUGGUAUAUAUUAGGGCUUCAGUUGAAAAACUUGAAUUGGUCAGUGACGAAAACUUGAAGUUCAAAUGGUUUUGGGUGAUGAAGGGGUUUCUGAGUAUUGUUUGUGAGAGGUUGUUGGCUUUGAUGAAAUGAUCAACAUAUUAUGCGACUGGAAUAAAGAUUCAAUAACAUAUGGGUCUCUUAAGGACUAGUUGUUUCAUAGUAUUGGCUAUCUUGUUAUGUGCUUGGGCAUCGAGAAGUUCAGAUGAGAAGAAGAGCACUGAGGCAAAGCUUCUAAGGCUGCUAAUUGAUCCAGCAUCUGGCGAGCUAAAUGGCGAUUUGGCUGAGGAAUUAUGGUUAAAUUGCAAGUUAGAUUUGGUUCAUUUGAAGGAAACUGUUAAAGUGCUAAGUUUAAGCUUGGCAGAUGAAGCUCCUAGCCAUUUUCAUGGGAUUAAUGCAGAAAGCUGGUCACUUGCCAAAGAAAACAUUCAGAAAACAAUUAGCUUCUUGAAUCCACAGAUUUUAUAUUGUCUGCAAACGCACAAUCCUCUUUUACGUGUCUCUGGAGAAGAAGUUGGCUCAAAGAUUUGGUAUCCCAAAUAUCUGGACUCCAUAUUUUCCAGAGAUUAUGUUCCUAGAAGGGUUCUGGCUUUUGAAUCACUCCAGAGCGUUGCAGGUGCACCUGCUCCUGCUCCUGCUCCUGCAGUUGAAUCACCUUUACCAAGUCCAGGGCCCGCACCGUCUCCUUCUCAACUUCCUAGUUCUGAUCCCCCUACUUCUCCAAAAAUGCCAUUUUUUCCGCCUAUUAAUAACGAUCCAAAUUUGAGAAGCCCACCUGCUAAAAACUCAACUGCUGGUCCAAAUUCUGGAUUAGAUGCACAGGACGUUAAGAGGAGUAAAAGCAAUCGAUCAGUUGUGAUUGCUGUUGCUGUAACUGCAUCAGUUACAUUUGUCAUUGUAGCAUUGCUAUUUUUAUGCUGUGGUGGAUACUGUGGAACUGGCUCCAAAUUAAGACGAAAUGAUGAGAGACCCCUACUCAGCCUAAGCUUAAGCGAAUUCUCUAUUGGAUCUCCAGCCAAGUCUUUUGCAUAUGAAAGUUCAAUAAAAGAAGAGGCGCAUGUGCAUCAAUCUUCUGGUAAUAACUCAAGUCAGAACAGGAAGGACUCUUCUUUGGUUGGCAAUAUUCAUACGGCUUCUAAUUUUGUCCAUACACCAUUGAACAAUACUGUGUCAGGCGCUUCUGAGUUCAAAACAUUUAAUGUACCUCCCAAUACUAAUGCACAUCCUCCUCUAAAGCCUCCACCCGGAAGGGUAGUGACCACCCCCAUGGGAAUGCCUUCUAUGAAGCCUCCUUCUGGCAGGGCAGAUCCCCUCCCUCCUGAACCACGUUCAUCUUAUAAGCCUCCCUCGAGCAAGCCCAGUUCUCAUCACCCUCCACCACAUGUACCACCACCCUCUUCAAAUCCCUUUGGUAGCCCAGGUCCUUCUGCCUCUAGACCAUCUCCAUCACCCUCCUCAAAUCCCUUUGGUAGCCCAGGUCCUUCUGCCCCUGGCCCAUCUCCACCACACUCCUCUAAUCCCUUUGGUAGCACAGGUCCUCUUGCACCUAGACCAUCUCCACCUCCUCCUCCUUUGCCUCCUGGAACCAAUGCUGGUGCUCGCCCACCACCUCCUCCAUUGCCUCCUGGCACCAAUGCUGCUCCUCGCCCACCACCACCUCCUCCUCCAAAGAGCAGUGCUCCUCCUCCUCGACCACCUCAAUUACCCGGAGGUUCAAAGUUUGCCCGACCUCCACCUCCUGCUCCAAAACACUCAUUAAAUGCUUCAUCUAGUGAGGAAACUGACAUAGGUGAUGAAGCUGAUGCUCCUAAAACCAAGCUGAAGCCAUUUUUUUGGGAUAAAGUAUUAGCGAACCCCGACCAUUCAAUGGUUUGGCAUCAAAUUAAAUCAGGAUCCUUCCAGUUUGAUGAGAAUAUGAUAGAGUCACUUUUUGGGUAUGCUGCUACUGACAAAAGUAAAACUGAACCUAAGAAAGAGUCCUUAUCCCAAGAUCCUUCACCCCAGUUUAUUCAGAUUAUUGAUCAAAAGAAAUCACAAAAUCUAGCAAUUCUUCUGCGGGCAUUGAAUGUAACAAUUGAAGAAGUUUGUGAUGCACUUCGUGAAGGAAAUGAGCUUCCCUCGGAAUUUGUUCAGAAUUUGUUGAAAAUGGCACCGACAACUGAAGAAGAAUUAAAACUUAGAAUGUUCGAUGGAGAACUUUCCCAACUUGGUCCUGCUGAACGAUUCCUUAAAGCGUUGGUUGAUAUUCCAUUUGCCUUUAAACGAUUGGAGGCAUUACUUUUUAUGAGUACACUUCAAGAGGAGCUUGCCAUCACUAAAGAGUCCUUUGAAACCUUAGAGGUUGCUUGCAAGGAACUCAGAAACAGCCGGCUAUUCCUUAAGCUUCUGGAAGCUGUUCUCAAAACUGGCAAUCGCAUGAAUGAUGGAACAUUUCGUGGACGUGCACAGGCAUUCAAGCUUGACACCCUCUUGAAAUUGUCAGAUGUAAAAGGUACAGAUGGCAAGACAACUCUCUUGCUCUUUGUUGUUCAGGAGAUUAUCCGGUCAGAGGGUAUAAGAGCUGUCCGUGUAGCAAAAGAAAACAAAAGCAUCUCUAGCUUAAAAUCAGAUGACCUUCUUGAAGAUGCUUUACAGGAUUCAGAUGAGCAUUUUCGCAGUCUAGGUCUUCAGGUAGUCUCGGGUUUGGGAAAUGAACUUGAGCAUGUCAAGAAUGCAGCAGCUUUGGAUGCUGACAGCUUAACGGGAACUAUUGCUAAACUUGGUCAAGCAUUGCUAAAAACCCAGCAAUUCCUCAACUCAAACAUGAAAAGUUUAAAAGAAGAUACGGGUUUUCAUCAAAUGCUAAAGAGCUUUAUGCAAAAUGCCGAAGUUGAUAUCACAUGGCUUCAGGAGGAAGAAAAAAGAAUCAUGGCUCUAGUGAAGAGCACUGGUGACUAUUUCCAUGGAAAUGCUGGGAAGGAUGAGGGUUUGCGGCUAUUCACUGUAGUUAGAGACUUUUUGAUCAUGGUCGAUAAAGCAUGUAAAGAGGUAAGAGAGAUGCCAAAGAGGCCUGCAAAAGUACAGAAAAAAGAAACAUCCACCACUGAUCCUCAACAACCUGCCACUUCAUCUUCCUCCGAGCCUCGCAAAUCUCCCCUAGAUCUUCGUCAGCGGCUUUUCCCUGCUAUAACAGAUCGGCGAGUGGAGAAUGAUAGUUCGGAUGAAGACAGUUCAUAGAUUUUCAAUUAUGGAAGGUGGUUUGUAUGGUGCUUGGAGGUCAAACAAUGUGAGCCCCAAAUCGAUUCUUUCCUUGAGCACCGGUUAAAUACAAGCUACUCUAUAUAAUAGAAUGCAGAGAAGAGGAAAUGACCAUGUUUUUGCGGCAUGGAUUUUGGAUUUCAGCUUGUAGAGAGGGAAUCCAACUUGUGAUUAGUUGUUAGAUAUAGUCCAAACAUUAAAUUUUGUGUUUUAUCAUUCUUUGUUAGAACUUAGAAAUGGAAAUGUUCAUUCAUUUAUUCACUCUUUAGGGGGUUAAGGGUUGUAUAGCUCGUUUCUGAAGAAAUCUUUUUCAUCAAUACAGAAAAUUCAAAAUAUUAGAAGUUUUUGUCAAAGUUUUUCCUGCCCAAAAUGUUUUUCCUUACCUAGUCCCAUAAAAUAGCAAAGGGAAAUUACAUUUUCA